AGAGAGAAAGGGUGGGGGAACAAACGGAUAUAGAGCAAAAACAGAGAACAUAAGAGAGAGAGAGAGAGAUGAAGGGAAUUAACACCCAUGGAAAAUAUGCUGCAGGGAGCUCUUGAUAACACAGCUGCUUCAUCGCACAGCUCAGCUGAUUUAGAUUUUCCAUCCCGCUCAUGAAGGGAGGGUGUUCAGGGAGCGAGAGAGGAUCGCAGUUUGAUAGAUCGCAGUUUUCCAGCACUACAUGCCCAGCAGGAAUGUGUCAGAACGGAGCGGACUGAGGUCGGUAAAACUGAGUUUAGGCUAUAGUCAGCAGUGACACACAUUUUCCAGCCCUCGUGCUCUUGGUUUGUGUGGAGAUGAGUCAGCAUAGACAGCAGUCUAGUUGAAGAGCAGUUAAAGAAGGAGGACUAUAGUUUCACUCCCUCCCUUUCUGAAGGGGCCGGGCCUGUCACCGCGCUGUUGAGGCUCUUAUAUAAAGAGCAGAGAACAAGCAAGCAAGCGUGCAGUCUGACUGAGCCUCAGAAACGUUUAAUCAGUAGUGUAAAAACACGUGGUCCCUUGAGAAGAUUCUUUUUGGAUAAUACAGCUUUCCUAAGCUCUGUUAACAGAUCAGCGUGCCUCCAUCGUAUCUUAUUUUUUCUCACUAGCUCUUUUGACGUGCUGCUCGUUUUGGCUGUGACCUAUUUCUGGUAUCAACCACAGCCUUGACUUCAAAAGAAAGAAAACUGCACCUAACAGGGAAAUUGAAGAAGACAAGGAUUUAUUUCUGAUCCGGAUCUCUUUCUGCUCUCACGCUGGGGAAGGCAAAACGGACCCCUUUCAGAUUUCUCACUUCUCAAGUCCGCUGCAGGAUCCGGCAAGCAUCCAUCAUGCACCUGAAAACCAUGAAGUGCAACCGCUUCUGCCUUAUCGCAUCCCUAGAGGACCUGGAUAUGUUUAAUAGACCUGAGGCCAGGGCUAGUUUCGAGGAGCUCUUCCGUGCCUUUGAUAGUGAAGUUACCUUUCAGUAUUUCAAGAGCUUCAGGCGAGUGAGAAUUAACUUCAGCAAUGCUCUAGCAGCUGCAGAGGCAAGAGCAAGACUCCACAAGAGCGACUUCAACGGCUCAGAGCUCAGACUUUAUUUUGCCCAGUCAGUACAUAUAGGAAGUGCACGAUUGGAGCCUCCUAAACCAGAGAAGCAGUUCCUCCUCUCUCCACCUCCAUCUCCUCCUGUGGGAUGGGAACAGGCUAAGGAUGCCACACCGGUCAUCAACUAUGACCUUCUCUGUGCCAUCGCCAGACUUGGCCCAGGGGAGAAAUACGAGCUACACUCUGGAACCCCUACUACCCCCAGUGUGGUGGUGCACGUGUGCGAGAGUGAUCAGGACAGCUCCGGUGCCGAGGACGAUACGGACAGCUUCAGACGGCCACGACCCAAAAUCAUCCAGACCCGGCGUCCAGAUUACAGCUCCUCCGUCACCCAGUGAGCAUGAGGAGUAUGUCCUUGUGCUGUUAAGUUUGUUUUUCUGUCUUGGGACUGUCAGGCGUGCAGGUAGUCUGUCCGCAUAGGGGAAGCGUUCAGUCAGAGCUCAGCCCUGCAGAGAAAGACACAAUACAUCUGCACUGUCUUUCAGGGGAAAGUGAGUUUAUUGCAUGUAUUUGUUGAUAAAGUGGCUCAUUUCUCCACAUCUAAAGGUCAAGGGGAUUUCAUGGACGGUUUCCAUUGAUGUCUAUGGCUACAGAGAACAAAAGCCUUUUGUUGUGGCUUUAUUUAUUUCCUUUAAUUUGAGAAGCAUGUUUUAGGGCAGUGAAAGGAGAAUUUUUGUGAUGGAACUCAUCAUGGUUUUCGGGUUUUUAUUUGAUCAAUAGUCUCCUUUUUACACAUGAUGUUUUCUUUAUUGUUGGCAUCAAUGGAAAAGUGAGGCAUUGUUACAAAGCCUUUGUGUGAAUGUUCGUAAUGUUAGACGUUUAACCUUUGUGAUAAUGGGUUUGGUUUUUUUUUUUUUUUUAUAUAUAUAUAUGUUGGUUGUAAGGAAACACAAGGAAAAGGAAAUACAAAUUUAAUUUAAUAAGCUUAAUUUCUCAAAUUAUGAUAUGUUGAAUUAACCACUUGUUUACCAUUUAUUUGACAAACGUUUUUGGUCAUUAGGAAUGAAAUGUUUAUUGCACAUCCUGACACAUUAUCUUGAUGAUAAUAUUUGUAUGUAAAUAUGUCAUGACUGUAAUUUGCAUUAAUUUCCUUCGACCAUAACACUGUAAUACAGUCAGUUUUAAUAUGGAACAACCUUUAUGCCCUUUACUAGGAUUUGCACAUGUUACAUUUGUUACAUGGUGGAAGUCAUCGUACUAAUGUCUGCUCUGUGUGUGUUGUUGGACUGUGUACGUAUGUUCACCUCAUUGUAAUGUCUUAAUUGUCUGACUGCUAAGAAAACUGAAAGACCCUGCUUGGUUUCCACAAACUUGUCGACUCAGUAACAGCUUGGAUGUAUGUAUUGUGAUUUGUACCUUAACAACCAAAAUAAUAAAUCAGGAUUUUGACUUGUA